AUGGAUGAGGUGUGCUCAACGGACGAUGUGAUAAAUACUGUAAUGCUAGAACAUUUGGCAAAUAUCUCUGCAGUUAUCGAAAUUCUGCACCACCUUGAAAAUUCGCUUAGAUCAGGUCGAAUUGCCUUAGCUAAAACCCGUUGUAACUCCUCCAGUGGAUCGGCGAAAAUUUCUCAAAUUUCCUAUAACUCCGCCGAUAUGUCUAACCAUGGUGCAACGACUCGCGUUCACGUGAAUGGUUCUUGUAAUUUUGAUCUGAUUGACGAACUUACGCCCCUCGGGAACAGUGCCUGUGCUGGAGAUAGUGCUAAAUCAUCCACAGACCAGAAACCUUCAGACCCAAUCAACUGGUUCUGUGGUGUUCUAGUACCCCCACUGUUGCGGCAGGCUCAAACAUGUUUUCGUCGCAGCCUCGGUCUGGUAGUCGAAUUAGCUACUCGACGGGCUGCUCUGCUGGACUCUACGGAACGGCUAACAAAGCUAAUUGACAGGCGUAGGCGGAUGGUUGCGGAAACGCCGUUGAUCUCAUUGACUGACGAAUCCUUAGGAGUGUCUUGA